GUACGACUCUGAAUUUGACGGGGGUCAUUUGGACUGUUCGUUUUUGGAGUACCUCGUCGACGCCGGCCGCUCCAGACCCUAACUUUCCAAACCCAAAGCUCCCCUCAACACACAUUUCUUCACUCAUUUGGCCCUCCAACUCAAUCCAAGAUGUCCAAGAAGGCCCCGUCCGAUGACGAGAAGUUCCUCUUUGUGGACAAAGACUUCCUGAACAGCCCCAUGGCUCAGGCUGACUGGUCCGCAAAGAAGCUGGUGUGGAUCCCGUCUGAGAAGCAUGGCUUCGAGGCGGCCAGUAUCAAGGAGGAGCACGGCGACGAGGUGCUGGUGGUGCUGGCUGACAGUGCCAAGAAGCUGACGGUCAACAAGGACGACAUCCAGAAGAUGAACCCGCCCAAGUUCAGCAAGGUGGAGGACAUGGCCGAGCUCACCUGCCUGAACGAAGCCUCCGUGUUGCACAACAUCCGCGAGAGGUACUUCUCUGGACUUAUUUACACGUACUCCGGCCUGUUCUGCGUGGUGGUGAACCCCUAUAAAAUGCUGCCCAUUUACUCAGAGAAGAUCAUCGACAUGUACAAAGGGAAGAAACGACAUGAAGUCCCCCCUCAUAUCUACGCCAUCGCUGAUAAUGCCUACAGGAACAUGAUGCAAGAUCGAGAGGACCAGUCCAUUCUCUGCACUGGAGAGUCCGGUGCCGGAAAGACGGAGAACACCAAGAAGGUCAUCCAGUAUCUGGCUCUUGUGGCCUCCUCACAUAAAGGCAAGAAGGACAGCAGCGCUCAACAAUCAGGAGUACAGUUUGCCUACGGGGAGCUGGAGAAGCAGCUCCUGCAGACCAAUCCCAUCCUGGAGGCCUUCGGAAAUGCCAAGACCAUCAAAAACGACAACUCAUCCCGAUUUGGUAAAUUCAUCCGUAUCAAUUUUGAUGUGACCGGCUACAUCGUUGGAGCCAAUGUUGAGACUUACCUGCUGGAGAAAUCUCGCUGUAUCAGACAAGCAAAGACAGAAAGAGCCUUUCACAUCUUCUACUACAUGAUCGCCGGUGUCCAGGGGAAACAGCGCGAGGAGCUUCUCCUGGAGCCCUUUAGUAACUACCGCUUCCUGAGCGCUGGUCACGUUCAGCUCCCCGGCCAGCAGGACGAUGAGAUGUACGAGGAGACCAUGGAGGCCAUGAGGAUCAUGGGCCUGACCGAUGAAGAAAGACUCGAUAUCCUGAAGGUGUGCUCCACCGUCAUGCAGCUGGGAAACAUUGAGUUCAAGAAAGAGAGGAACCAGGAGCAGGCCACCAUGCCAGACAACACCGUGGCCCAGAAGGUGUGUCACCUGCAGGGUAUCAAUGUGACAGACUUCACCCGGGCAAUCCUCACCCCUCGCAUCAAAGUGGGCAGAGAGGUGGUGCAGAAGGCCCAAACCAAAGAGCAGGCCGACUUUGCUAUUGAAGCUCUGGCUAAAGCCGUGUUUGAGCGGCUCUUCCGCUGGAUCCUGGGCAAAGUCAACAGGGCGCUGGACAAAACCAAACGCCAGGGGGCCUCCUUCCUGGGAAUCCUCGACAUCGCCGGCUUUGAGAUCUUUGAGGACAACUCAUUUGAACAGCUGUGCAUCAAUUACACCAACGAGAAGCUGCAGCAGCUCUUCAACCACACCAUGUUCGUGCUGGAGCAGGAGGAGUACCAGAGGGAGGGCAUCGAGUGGAGCUUCAUCGACUUUGGCCUGGACCUGCAGCCCUGCAUCGAGCUCAUCGAGAGGCCGAACAACCCUCCAGGCGUCCUGGCCCUGCUGGACGAAGAGUGCUGGUUCCCCAAAGCUACAGAUGUCUCCUUUGUGGAGAAACUCAUGAACACACAAGGGAACCAUAUCAAAUUUGCCAAAACUAAACAGCUCAAGAGCAAGACAGAGUUUUCACUGUUCCAUUAUGCUGGGAGGGUGGACUAUAACGCCACCGCCUGGCUGACCAAGAACAUGGACCCUCUGAAUGACAACGUCACAUCGCUGCUCAACAACUCCUCCAGCCAGUUUGUGCAAGACCUCUGGAAAGAUGCGGACAGAGUGGUAGGUCUCGACACCAUAGCCAAGAUGUCAGACAGCUCUAUGCAGAGCGGCUCAAAGACCAAGAAGGGAAUGUUCCGCACGGUGGGACAGCUCUACAAGGAGUCUCUGGCCAAACUCAUGACCACACUGCACAACACCCAGCCCAACUUCGUGAGGUGCAUCAUCCCUAACCACGAAAAGAAGGCCGGCAAGCUGGAUGCGUUCCUGGUCCUGGAGCAGCUGCGGUGUAACGGCGUGUUGGAGGGGAUCAGGAUCUGCAGACAAGGAUUCCCCAACAGAAUCGUCUUCCAGGAGUUCCGCCAGCGUUAUGAGAUCCUGGCUGCAAACGCUAUCCCCAAAGGUUUCAUGGACGGCAAACAGGCCUGCUGCCUGAUGAUCAAGCACCUGGACUUGGACCCCAACCUGUACAGGAUCGGACAGAGUAAAAUCUUCUUCCGCACAGGAGUGCUGGCCCAGCUGGAGGAGGAGAGAGAUCUGAAGAUCACCGUGGUCAUCAUCGCUUUCCAGUCGCAGGCUAGAGGCUUCCUCGCCAGAAAGGCAUUUGCCAAGAGGCAACAGCAGCUCACAGCCAUGAAGGUGAUCCAGAGGAACUGCGCUGCCUACCUCAAACUCAGGAACUGGCAGUGGUGGAGGCUCUUCACAAAGGUCAAGCCUCUGCUGCAAGUGACCCGGCAGGAAGAGGAGAUGGGUCUGAAGGAUGAAGAGCUGACGAAAGCCAAAGAAGGCGCUGUAAAGUUUGAAUCGGAGCUGAAGGAGAUCUCCCUGAAACACACAUCGGUUUUGGAGGAGAGGAACGCACUGCAGGAGCAGCUCCAAGCAGAGACAGAGCUGUACGCCGAGGCUGAGGAGAUGAGGGUUCGUCUGGGAGCUAAGAAGCAGGAGUUGGAGGAGAUCCUCCACGAGAUGGAGGCCAGACUGGACGAAGAGGAAGAACGUGCUCAGGCUUUGUUAGUGGAUAAGAAGAAAAUGCAGCAGCAGAUGCAGGAAUUGGAAGAACAUUUGGAGGAGGAGGAAGAUGCCCGUCAGAAGCUGCAGCUUGAGAAGGUGACCUGUGAGGGGAAGGUCAAAAAGCUGGAGGAUGACAUUCUGGUGAUGGAGGACCACAACAACAAGCUGCUGAAGGAGAGGAAGCUGAUGGAGGAGAGGAUCGCAGACUUCAGUUCCAACCUGUCGGAGGAAGAGGAGAAGUCGAAGAACCUAACCAAGCUUAAAAAUAAACACGAGUCCAUGAUCUCUGAACUGGAGGUCCGUUUGAAAAAGGAGGAGAAGGGUCGACAGGAGCUGGAUAAGGCUAAGCGUAAGUUGGAAGCAGAGUCUAAUGACAUGCAAGAGCAGAUAGCCGACCUGCAGGCGCAGAUCGCUGACCUCAAAGCCCAGCUCGCAAAGAAGGAGGAGGAGUUACAGAACGCCUUGGCCAGGUUAGAAGAUGAGACAGCUCAGAAGAACAACGCUCUAAAGAAGAUCAGAGAGCUGGAGGGACACAUCUCCGACCUGCAGGAGGACCUGGACUCUGAGCGGGCGGCCAGGAACAAAGCAGAGAAGAUCAAACGGGACCUCGGGGAGGAGCUGGAGGCCCUCAAGUCCGAGCUCGAGGACACCUUGGACUCCACUGCCACACAGCAGGAACUGAGGGCCAAACGUGAGCAGGAGGUGAACCUGCUUAAGAAAGCCAUUGACGACGAGAACCGGACCCACGAGGCCCAGGUUCAGGAGAUGAGACAGAAACACACGCAGUUUGUGGAGGAGCUCACAGAGCAGCUGGAGCAGUCCAAACGAGUGAAGUUAAACCUGGAUAAGGCUAAACAAGCUCUGGAGAAGGAGACGUCAGAAUUGACCGUGGAGGUGCGCUCACUCAACCAGGCCAAACAAGAUGGCGAGCACAAGAGGAAGAAGCUGGAGGGUCAGGUGACCGAUCUGCAGACACGCUUCACCGACAGCGAGAAGCAGAAGGCAGAGCUGGGAGAGCGCUGCUCCAAGAUCACUGUUGAGCUGGAGAGCGUGACAGUCAUACUGAACGAAGCAGAGGGAAAGAACAUCAAACUGAGCAAAGAUGUUUCCAGCCUUACCUCACAGCUCCAAGACUCACAGGAACUGCUGGCUGAAGAGACGCGUCAGAAGCUGCAGUUCUCUACAAAGCUGCGGCAAGCAGAGGAUGACAAGAACAGUUUGCAGGAGCAGCUGGAGGAGGAGAUGGAGGCCAAGAGGAACGUGGAGAGACACGUGUCCACCCUCAACAUCCAGUUGUCAGAUUCAAAGAAGAAGCUCGACGAAAUGACGGGAAACGUCGAGCUGCUGGAAGAAAAUAAGAAGCGUCUGCAAAGAGAUUUGGAGGCAGCGAACACGCAGUUUGAGGAGAAGGCCUCCGCGUACGACAAGUUGGAGAAGACCAAGAACCGUCUGCAGCAGGAGCUGGAGGACACGCUGAUGGACCUGGACAACCAGAGGCAGAAUGUGUCCAACCUGGAGAAGAAGCAGAAGAAGUUUGACCAGAUGCUGGCAGAGGAGAAGAGUAUCUCCAGUAAAUAUGCAGAUGAGAGAGACCAUGCAGAAGCCGAGGCCAGAGAGAAGGAGACGAAGGCUCUUUCCCUGGCCAGAGCUCUGGAUGAGGCCCAGGGUUCAAGAGAGGAGCUGGAGAGAGCCAACAAGUCCCUGAAGAUGGAGAUGGAGGACCUGAUCAGCUCCAAGGACGAUGUGGGAAAGAAUGUCCACGAGCUGGAGAAGUCCAAGCGAGGCCUGGAGGGGCAGGUGGAGGAGAUGAAGACCCAGCUGGAGGAGCUGGAGGACGAGCUGCAGGCGGCUGAGGACUGCAAGCUGCGUCUGGAGGUCAACAUGCAGGCCCUGAAGGCCCAGUUCGACAGAGACCUGCAGGGACGAGAUGAGAUGGGAGAGGAGAAGAAGAGGCAGCUCAUCAAGCAGGUCCGUGAGCUGGAGACAGAGUUGGAGGACGAGCGUAAACAGAGAACCCUGUCGACCGCAGCCAAGAAGAAGUUAGAGACGGACAUGAAAGAUAUGGAGGGACAGGUCGAGGCGACCAGUAAGGGACGGGACGAGGCCAUCAAGCAGCUCCGCAAGCUCCAGGCCCAGAUGAAGGACUACCAGAGGGAGUUGGACGAUGCCCACGCUGCCAGAGAGGAGGUGCUGACCACCGCAAAGGAGAGUGAGAAGAAGGCCAAGGGUCUGGAGGCCGAGCUCAUGCAGCUACAGGAGGAUCUGGCCGCAGCUGAAAGAGCACGGAAGCAGGCGGAGGCCGAGAGAGACGAGCUGUCUGACGAGCUGUCCAGCAACUCCUCUGGAAAGUCCGCCUUGGCAGAUGAGAAACGCCGUCUGGAGGCUAAGAUCUCCCAGCUGGAGGAGGAGCUGGAGGAGGAGCAGAGCAACAUGGAGAUCAUCAACGACAGACUGAGGAAGAGCACACAGCAGGUGGAUCAGCUGAACAACGAGCUGCAGACGGAGCGCAGCACCUCCCAGAAGAACGAGAGCGCACGGCAGCAGAUGGAGCGCCAGAACAAGGAGCUGAAGGCCAAGCUGCAGGAGAUGGAGAACCAGGUCAAGUCCAAGUUCAAGUCCUCCAUCUCUGCCUUGGAGGGCAAAGUGGUACAGCUGGAGGAGCAGCUGGAGCAGGAGAACAGGGAGAAGCAGGCAUCUGCGAAGGGUUUGCGCCAGAAGGACAAGAAGCUGAAGGAACUGAUCAUUCAGGUGGAAGACGAGAGAAAGCAGGCCGAGCAGUACAAAGACCAGGCGGAGAAGUCGAAUACCCGCAUGAAGCAGCUGAAGCGGCAGCUGGAGGAGUCGGAGGAGGAGUCUCAGCGCGCUACAGCCGCCCGCAGGAAGCUGCAGCGCGAGCUGGAUGAAGCCACCGAGGCCAGCGACGCCAUGAGCCGCGAGGUCAACUCUCUGAAGAGCAAACUCAGAGGCAACCCUGAGCCCAAGGAGUAACACAGCAGGCGUGGAAACGAGCCCUCCUUUGGCAGCACAUCCCGGCGUACUGGCGGAGGCCGAAGGGUGGUGGACGACGCCUCCGAGGAGGAGGCCGACUCCCAGGGCGACUUCAAUGGAACCAAGUCUGCGGAGUGAGGGACGUCAAAUAACCAAAUAUCAGCAUUUUCUUCCUUCUGCCACUUUACCAAAAAAUAACUUCAAGCCUAUAUAGUUCUUCCACAUCACAUCAAAAUAUAUCCCAGUGUUCUGAUCUGUCGUCUUGUUUCAGAGCACCUUUUCUUGACACGCAGUAGAGUGGUGCGGGAAUGAGUCUUAAAAUCAGGAAAUGAGUUAGCAUCUUACCACUUCUGGUUAGCUCGUCUGGAAGUCAACGUUUUUGGUUUGUUUGAAAUAAGGUCUGUGGCUAAUACACUUGAUGAAAUGUUCACAUCCUGUUCUGCGACAUAAUACACAUCAGUAAACAUCUACUGGUGAAAAACGGGGUUGCUAACAAUUGGCUAUAUAGAACUACUAGACGUCAUCACGUUGAACAUUAGCCGCCUUUAGCUUAGCGUGAUGUGAAGUCAUGUAGUUAGUUUAUGGCACAGCGUUAGUUUCCUCAUUCUGUGGAUUGCAUUUUUGCUUGAACUAGCAUAACAUUGGUGUUAACAUUUGGAGUGUAUCCCGCUGGACAAUACAUGCAUUUGCUACAGAACUUAUCUUCUUCAAUAUUCCAAAACCCUAUGGAAAAAACCCAUUGGCUUUUUGUUGUGGGAGCCCUUGCGAUGCUAACUUCCAGGUCAUCCUUCAGAAAUACGUCAUCACUGCACCACUUUAUAAUGAGAAGGACUUGAUAUCAACAACAGGAGUUGUGUUGGUGGCUCUGCUGAUGUGUGUUUUGCUGUUCCUUUUUGUGUCUUUUUAUUUUUACACUGUUUUGUACUACACUGAAUGACUGAUUCCUUCUUAUGCAAGGUUUGUACACACACAUAGGUGCCUCUAAUUACCACGCUAACCUGCCAGCAAAGCCUCGGGCCUCCACUAUAAUGAAGUUAAAGCAGAGACAUCGUGUACGUCUAUGGACAGGUCUCCCUUGAAAAAGAGAUCUAUGAUCUCAAUGGGACCAAUCUGGUUAAAUAAAGGUUUGAAAUGAAAUGGACGUGUAACCGUCGUCCUGUUGCCUGUGACUGCUGUUAGUGUUUCUCAGCAGCACUGCCACGUUGGAUAUGUAGAAAGAGAUCUAUAUACUUGCUCUGCAUCCAGUGAGUGCUGCUGUUUGUACUCCCAACAAUUAUAUAGCUGUUCAACAUUUUCUAAAGUCACAGUUUUAUAUUAUUUGCACCUGAUCUUUUGCCCAGAUAUGUUUAGAUUAGAUUGAGUCAAUGUUUUAAGUCAGAUAAGGUUUAGGGUGACCUUAACUAUUGGGCAAACCUAAUUUUAUAUUUUUGUCUGUGAUUUACUGUACAUGUUUAAAACAGCCCCUUAUUUCCUGAAAACCAAAUAUUUUGAUCAUGAUAUAUGUAAUCAGCUGAUGUUUACAGGACACCAAAUAAUAUAUGUUAACUGUUGAACCACCUGCACGAGAAAUAAAUAUAUUUAAAAAAAACACA